AUGCUACCUGGAAAUCCAAAUCAUCUUAUGAUACAACCUCCAUCGAUGGGACACCCAAUGGCUCUAGGAUUACCGCCCGGCCCUGGGCCUAGCUCUAUAGAGAGUUUACGAUUGCACGCUCAAGCUGCAGCCGGAUUACAAGCCUCACACGGAAGAUCUGGCUCACCUCAUCAAAUGCCCCAUGGACACCCGCACUUACGUGGUCCACCGCGACCAAUGCCUGAAGAAAAUCCAGAAUUAAAGCUUGAAACACAAUCACAGCCAGAAGAAGAUGAGAUUCCAAGCCCAGCGCACAUACCUCACGGACCAAGCCCUGAACCAAAAAUAGAAGAUACAGAAUGUCAUAGAUCACAGUCAGCUAUAUUCUUGAGACAUUGGAACAGAGGCGAUUACAACUCAUGUACACGUACCGAUCUAAUUUUCAAACCUGUGCCGGAAUCAAAACUGGCACGUAAACGAGAAGAACGAUUACGAAAACAAGCCGAACGCGAUAGAGAAGAAAGGGAGAAAAUUGCUCAACAAGCUCAUAGAAAAAUAGCAACACCUGAGAAACCUGAAACAAAACCACCGUCGAGAGGUGCUAUAGAAACAAUAACAUCGCCGUAUGAUAGGUUCCCUCGACCACCAGGAUACCCCGACACACCUGCUCUUCGACAACUAUCAGAAUACGCUAGACCACAUGCUGGUUUUAGUCCUGGAAAUUUGCAAAGACAUUGUAUGGACCCAAUGCUCCAGUAUCAGCUAAGCUCUAUGUAUGGGGCUGCAGGUGCAAGAGAACGAUUAGAACUGGAACAUCUUGAACGAGAGAAGCGCGAUAGAGAAAUAAGAGAAUUGCGAGAACGCGAACUCAAUGACAGAUUGAAAGAGGAACUUCUGAAAAAUAACGUUGGCCCUAGAGGCUUGGACCCGCACUGGUUGGAAAUGCACAGGAGGUACGGAAUGCCACCUCCACCUCCCCAAGGAGCGAUCCCUGUUCAAUUUGGACUUUACCCCCCUGGACACGGACCUGCGUCGCUUUCUCAAUUAGAACGCGAACGGCUUGAACGACUGGGCAUCCCUCCGGGCGCGGCAGGGGGUCCACCGCAGAGCGUGCCCGUAUCAGGAGCGCCGCCGCACCAUCCGCACCAUCCACACCCCGGGGUCGCAGCAGCGCAACUGGAAGCUGCGGAGAGGCUAGCACUGGCGGCGGAUCCAAUGGUGCGACUACAAAUGGCUGGAAUCAACCCAGAAUACCACGCGCACACACAUGCGCACACGCAUGCGCAUUCACAUACUCACCUCCAUCUCCAUCCUGGCCAACAGGCGGCAGCACAGGCACAGCAGGAUGCUCUGGGUCUUGGGCUCGGCGCUGGGGCGCCCUACCGGCCGCUGCCUCACCCUGACCUGCUAGGCAGGCCGUACGCCGAGCAGUUGGCGCAGCAAGCGGCUGCGCAUGAGCAACUUCAGAGGCAGUUGCUACUGGAGAGGGAACGAGGCUUCCUUCACCCGGCCCACCACGAAGACUUCCUACGCCAACAGCGAGAGCGUGAGCUAAAGGUUAGAGCGCUCGAGGAAGCAGCACGCGCCUCGCGUCCG